AUGCAGCAGGCUUUGGACCAAAUGAUACAGAAUUGUGCAGUUACACUAGAAGACCUCGACAAUGUGACCAAGAAAUAUCGCGACGGAGUCAUGAUCUCCAGUAACGAGGGUGACUCUGGUCCCAGUCGAGGACAGAAAAGAAGGACGCGCCUGAGGAAUGCAAUCGCCUCCAACUGGGCAAAGAUCACAUGGGAUAUGGAUAAGGACUCACUGAAGACAUACCGCGACAGGUUACAGUCACACGUUGAUGCCAUCAAUCUGGUUCUGAGUACCUUCCACUGGUCGGCGACUGAGAAGAUCUACGCACACAACAAGAUUCAAGCGGAGAAGAUGCAAGAGUUUCAUGACAACAUGGUACAGUCGAAUUGCUCUCUGGCGCAGCUUGUCGAAGCCAUGCAUUCGAUGCUGUUGCGGCCCAAACAGGCAACUCCUGGUGCAUUUCUGAUGGGCAUGGACUAUGAACUCGAGGGUUCCAGUGGAGGCGCAGCGGAAAGCGCUUCUGUAAGAGCAGGCGGCUUCGCUCCAAGAGAAAUCGUUCCUGUUGCCGCUCACCAUGUGCCAAUAGGCAUGUUCAACAAGAGGGUUCCGGGUUUAAACAUGGCAAACUUUGCAAUGCUUUCCGUUCCCUCCGGUCAAGCCCCUGCCCCUAUUAUCAAGGCGUUCAGUGCGAUGUCCGCAGUCGAGGCAGUAGCCCCUUCUCCCAGCAUCAAGCCGCCACAAGAGCUCCCACCUAAGAUCGUUUCUAUCAACAUAAGGCGCCAAAGCCAGGGGGCAAGGGCAUUGGCAGACUUGAAGCAAAGUCUCACUCCAAAACUCCGACCGUCCUUCCUGGAUCCAACUGUCCCGUCCGUCGGGCAACUGUCAGAAGGUUUGGAGUAUAUCUUCAGCCCGUUGCCGCGGAGCACUGGCCGGCAAUUGGAAAUCGCAAGAGAGGCCCGUGUCGGAGAGCUUCGGCUAUGGACUCAGUCGUUAGAUCACUUGAUCAACUCUCUUGCCAUUCCUCACGCGACAUCUGGUGAUGGAAGCCAUAAGUUGACGGUCUCUCAACAUCGCAACGACUUGAUCAGCAUAUUGUCGAAGAUAAACGAGGCGAUCGAGACCUCGAGUGCGAACAUGCGGGAUCUAGUUUACGAGGGGUUCUCGGCUGCCCACAUCGACCAUACCUUGGACAAGGUUUUGUCCUUGACCAACUUGGUGAGGGCCCAUAUGCAGGUGGAGGAGUUUAUGGAAGAGAGAUCGGACUGGCUGCGCACACGCUAA